GAGUAUCGUAGCCAGUAGCUACGCACCAAUUCUCAAUUGCAGGAUCGUUCUAUGGCCCGCGUACCUUAAACUCGUCAUCCGCCCAUAUCAGUAGGUCGACAACACACAGCCUUCUUUCAACAUCAUCAACCAACAUCGUAUUGAAUCACAAAAGCGUACUACGAAUUGAAAGGGAGAUACAGACGCCCAAGUCUUUUCUGUUUCAUUUUUUCUUAUCAUAUGAAUACUCAUCUCACCGUGUGGGAUCCACAAUUAAACAACCACGGCCAUUCAGGGUCUUGGUGUUAGUGACGUGCCAUCUCAUCCACUUCGUGAAUAUAACUCCUACCCCGACUUUUCCCCACCAAUCCAACUCCGCGCGACUUGGGCUGCUGCUACAGCUCAAUCACCUUCAACAUUCCUUCUCUAAAAUCAUCUCGCCGUCCCGCUAAUAUACCAUUACGAACAUUGUCCUCCGCAAGUCGAUUGAAUCCUAACCAACGACUGCUGGGCUCGGACGAGAAACAGGGUCGGCGGUCUUCCCUUUCGCGCUCAACGUCACCUGGUUCCGAAUUCUCGUGGAGUGACACGGGCGAUCUUGCUGAGCAACCCGCAGACGAGGAAGACCCGUUGCAAAUUCAAUUACGAGCAUCCCUUGACGAAGAGGUUUUUGGUGGCUCUUCCAAGAGAAAAACAAGAAAAAGAGUUCGGUAUAACGACGAGGCUACCGAUAAACAAGAAAAACAUUACAGCCCUGGACUCGUUAAAGAGGAUAUUGAAAUACCAGACCCUGGCCCUCGAAGAAUAAGUCGAGCUGAGCAUAUUCUAGCCGCAAUCAUGUCGGGAGGUGAAAGGCAGAUGCACGGCCUGACAGGCCGGCCUUUAGUGUAUUUUACUAGUAUUUUUGUAUCGCUAGGUGUAUUCCUUUUUGGAUAUGAUCAAGGAGUUAUGUCUGGCAUUAUCACCGGUCCCUACUUCAAGGAUUAUUUCAAUCAGCCCUCUCGAGCUGAGGUCGGUACCAUGGUCGCUAUUUUGGAAAUCGGCGCAUUUGUUUCAUCGCUUGUCGUUGGAAAGGUGGGUGAUAUAAUAGGUCGAAGGAAGACAAUCUUAUAUGGCUCCUGCAUCUUCUUCGUUGGAGGCGCACUUCAGACAUUGGCUACUAGUAUGCCUAUGAUGAUGCUGGGUCGUAUCAUUGCAGGUGUGGGCGUUGGCAUGCUGUCCACGAUUGUUCCCAUAUACCAAUCUGAGAUAUCGCCCCCACAUAACCGAGGAAAGCUUGCUUGUAUUGAGUUCUCGGGCAACAUCACAGGAUAUGCAACCUCUGUAUGGGUAGAUUAUUUCUGCAGCUUCAUCAAGGGAAAUAUGUCGUGGAGAAUACCUCUACUGAUGCAAUGUGUUAUGGGUGCACUUUUGGGUGUUGGAAGUUUGAUCAUUGUCGAGUCACCUAGAUGGCUUUUGGAUAAUGACCACGAUGAGGAAGGCAUGGUAGUUAUUGCUAACCUGUAUGGUGGUGGUGACAUUCAUGAUCAGAAAGCACGAGAAGAAUAUCGAGAGAUUAAGAUGAACGUACUGUUGGCUCGUCAAGAGGGCGAGAAAUCAUACAAAGAUAUGUUUCGACGAUAUCGUACUCGUGUCUUCAUUGCCAUGUCAGCCCAGGCUUUCGCUCAACUUAAUGGCAUCAAUGUUAUUUCAUACUAUGCGCCGCUUGUCUUCGAAUCUGCAGGUUGGCGUGGCCGCCAAGCAAUUUUAAUGACGGGAAUCAACGCUAUCACGUACUUCCUGUGCACCAUACCACCAUGGUAUCUUGUAGACCGCUGGGGACGACGCUUCAUUCUUCUUAGCGGUGCAAUAGCUAUGGUUAUAUCGCUAUCUUGCAUUUCUUACUUUUUAUUCUUGGACAUUAAGGCUACGCCGACUCUGGUUGUUCUAUUUGUCAUGAUAUAUAAUGGUGCUUUUGGAUUCAGUUGGGGACCAAUUCCAUGGCUUUAUCCACCCGAGAUUCUUCCUCUCAGCAUUCGAUCCAAAGGAGCCAGUUUGUCUACCGCCACCAAUUGGGCCUUCAACUGGCUCGUAGGAGAAUUGACGCCUAUUCUACAAGAAUUGAUCACAUGGCGUUUGUACUUGGUUCAUGCGUUUUUCUGCGCUACCAGUUUUGUUGUUGUUUAUUUCAUCUAUCCCGAGACAGCUGGUGUACGAUUGGAAGAUAUGGACAUGAUAUUCGGUGAUGCGACCACAGCAAUGCCUACACCAGCUACCAGAGCCGAGAGCGGCUCGUUGAUGGGCAUCAGUUCGCCAGUUCCUUCCGUUGAUCUGAGACGUGGCUACGGCGGCCCAAAUGGUAUUGGACCUUCAAGUGCCAUUCCAGGUCUCGACAUCGACCCACCCAAUGUUUCUAUCGUCAAUGGAAAGCCUCAAUAUGGUGCAGAUGAAGAGUCUGGAGAAGGUGUUGGGGGCUGGAUAUCACGUAUGGUGAACAGAAACAAAGGCGAAGGAGAUAGCAUCAAAAGUGGGAAAUAUAAGCCAUUAGAUCAAGACGAGGAAUAAGCGGCUGUAAUCGUAGGAUAUACGAUAUUAGAUUGGAACUAGCAACAAGCGGGCGUACAUGGAAGCUCGAAGGGGAGAGUAUAAUACCAGUGCCAUCUAGAGCACAUAUAGAAUGUGAAAUUAUGGGAUUUUGUAGAUUAUUUCUAGUGGCCAGGCAUUUUACAAUUUAUAAGGGUCUCAAAAUCUAACGCUCAAAUCUAUCCAAUAUUAAUCGCAUGUGCAUCGAAUUUAGCA